AUGGCGGCGGAGAGGAGGCUUACAGCAGUCAAUGACAAAAUGGCAGAAUACACAAACUCUCCAGGAGUUACAUCACACAACGCAGCAUUGAUGCACACCCUACAGAGACACAGAGAUAUUUUACAGGACUACACUCAUGAAUUCCACAAAACCAAAAGCAACUUCUUCAGCCUGCGGGAACGAGAGGACCUGCUGGGCUCGGUUCAUAGAGACAUUGAGUCUUACAAAAGCAGCUCGGGAGUGAAUAACAGAAAGACUGAGCUCUUCCUCAAGGAACAUGAACAUCUCAGAAACUCCGAUCYGCUUAUUGACAAUGCAAUAAGUAUCGCCAUGUCGACCAAAGAGAACAUCACUUUUCAGCGUGGGAUGCUGAAGUCCAUUCAAACCAGGGUUACAACUUUGGCCAAUCGUUUCCCCGCCAUCAACAGUCUCAUCCAGAAAAUCAAUUUGCGCAAGAGGCGUGACUCUCUAAUCCUAGGCGGGGUGAUCGGRGUCUGCACCAUACUCCUGUUGCUCUACACUUUCCACUGAUUCAAUACGUCACUUGGUCAUCAUUUACUUUAAUUUUCAAAUAUUCAUCAGUCCCACUGUUGCCAAGAUAUUGUUUUGAGAUGUUCUUAUAUGUCUCCUUCUAUUGUAAUGAACUUUCCUUAAAAGAYCAGUGAAGAAAGAAAUGUUAAGCUUCAUCACAUUAGGGCUUAAUUGAAAGUGUGGUUUUGUUGAGCUCUCACACUCGAGAGUUUUAUUUAUUUUCUACACAAUGUUCACGUUUUCAUCRUGAAUUUAUAUAUUGCUGCUUGUGCUCUGUUGUAAUUUUAAAUCUUUAUAAAUGUAUGAAGUAAGAUUUUACUGACAUGGUGUACCGUUCAUUUCGCACUUUUUCUAUGGUAUUGACGGUGCCUGACCGAAAUAAAGAGGACGAUCUCA